AUGGAGAAGUCCAGGAAGAUCUUUGUUAGUGUCCUCCUGUUUGUCAUGUCUGUGGAAAUCUGCUUGGCUCAGCACUGGUCUUAUGGCCUGCAACCAGGAGGAAAAAGGAAUGCCGACAACCUGGUAGAAUCAUUUCAAGAGAUGGCAAAUGAAAUGGAAAAAUUAGGGGAAGUGCAGAAGACUGAAUGCCCAGGUUCCUAUCAGCAUUCCAGGUUCAGUGAUCUGAAGGAAGCCAUGGAAAGGCUGAUCAAAGGAGAAGCAAGACGAAAGAAGAUUUAA